CUUCAUCAUUUGUUGGAGUCCCUGGUUUGGGGCCUUCCCUGGGUCCCACCUUCUGCUCCACCCCAUUGGCCAUGGAGGGCUGAGUCCUGCCCCGUCUCCAAGCGCUAAGGAAACUCCCUGCUCGCUCCUUUGGCUCUUCCAAGGGAGGGAGACUUCCAGAGAGGACAGAGACGUGCAGGCUUGACGGUCCCGAUACUCCGAAGGAAAGCGAAGCGAAGCGAAAGGAAAAUGGCAGACGGUUUUUCUUUAUCUGAUGCUUUAGCUGGAGCCGGUAACACAAACCCAAAUGCUCCUCCAAACCAAGGCUGGCCUGCUGGUCCCUGGGGAAAUCAACCUGCUGGUCCGGGGGCGUAUCCUGGAGCGCCGGGAGCCUAUCCUGGAGCGCCGGGGGCGUAUCCUGGAGCGCCGGGGGCGUAUCCUGGAGCGCCGGGAGCCUAUCCUGGAGCGCCGGGGGCGUAUCCUGGAGCGCCGGGAGCCUAUCCUGGAGCGCCGGGAGCCUAUCCUGGAGCACCACCUGCCCCUGGACAACCAAGUGGACCUGGAGCACCUCCUACUGCACCACAAGUUGGACCUGGAUUUGGAUCUGUCCCUCAGCCAGGGGGACCUACUGCUCCACUGAGAGUCCCCUUUGACCUGCCCUUGCAGACCGGCCUCGUGCCUCGCUUCUUGAUAACCAUCGUGGGGACAGUGAAUCCAAACCCCAGCAGAUUUUCACUGGAUUUCAAGAAAGGGCAUGACGUCGCCUUCCACUUCAAUCCCCGCUUCAACGAGGACAACAGACAAGUCAUUGUCUGUAAUUCACUGAUUCAGAAUAACUGGGGAAAGGAGGAGAGAACCGCUCCCAGGUUUCCAUUUGAAGCUGGCAAACCUUUUAAGAUCCACGUUCUGUGCGAGACGGAUCAUUUCAAGGUAGCUGUCAAUGAUGCUCACUUGCUGCAGUUCAACUAUCGGCUGAAGAACCUGAAUGAAAUCACCAAACUCAGCAUUGCUGGGGACAUCUCUCUCACCAGUGUAACACCUGCUAUGAUAUGAGUGGGGUUUUUACACCAAGAAACAUACUCCGGUCAUUUCUUGAAUAGCAGUUAACCUUUAAAAAAAAUAAAAAUUGCUGGCUUCAUUUAUCCUUUGUACGAUAAACUUAAUAAAAUACUUGUACUAGAAGUGAAA